UAAUAUAAUUGUGCAGCAGAACUAUAAUUUAGCAUUAUUGAACUAUCAAAAAUGUCUGUUUCGCUUUAUAAUAAAGAUCCCCUGCCUCCACCUCAGCCGAAUACAAUGUCGAUACAUCAGCAACAGCAUGCACCUGCCACAUCCAAUGAUGCCUGCCUCAGUAUAGUUCAUAGUUUAAUGUGUCACAGACAAGGUGGUGAAAGUGAAAGUUUUGCGAAAAGAGCAAUUGAAAGUUUAGUUAAAAAGUUAAAAGAGAAGAAGGAUGAACUAGAAGCACUUAUAAAUGCCAUUACAACUAAUGGAGCGCAUCCUACUACUUGUGUCACUAUUCAACGUACUUUAGAUGGGAGACUUCAGGUUGCAGGAAGGAAAGGAUUUCCUCAUGUGAUUUAUGCAAGACUUUGGAGAUGGCCUGAUCUUCAUAAAAAUGAACUUAAGCAUUUGAAGACUUGUAAAUAUGCAUUUGAUCUCAAGUGUGAUUCUGUAUGCAUCAACCCAUAUCACUAUGAACGAGUCGUAUCACCUGGGAUUGAUUUAUCUGGACUAACACUGCAACACACAGCUCCCCCAGCACCGUUGAUGUCUAUAGACUACAGAGACAUGAAGGCUGAAUCAAGUGCAACUCAUAUACUGGGAACAUCAGAUGGUUCAGGAAACACAAUACAACAUUCUGUCAAUGAUUACAAAAAUGUUCCAGGUGGACUGGGUGGAACUUCAUCAAGUACACUGGGUUAUGCAUCAACAAACAAUACUAUGCUACCACCUUCUCAGGGUGUCCCCAGUGCAUCACAACAAUUGAUGGAAUAUAGUCAAAGAAAUGGCCAAAUGAACUGGUCAAGCAGCACAGCACGAUACACACCUGACAUGUCUUCACCAGUUAAUACACCAUACUACACACCCGGAUCUGACAUGAAUUAUAUGCCAAUUUCAAAUCACCCACCUCCAGAAUUUUGGUGUUCAAUAACUUCAUAUGAGAUGGAUGUACAAGUGGGUGAAACAUUCAAAGUUCCUGCAUCAUGUCCGGCUGUUACCGUAGAUGGAUAUGUGGAUCCUUCUGGUGGUGAUAGAUUUUGUCUCGGGCAAUUGUCGAAUGUUCACAGAACGGAAGCGUCAGAGAGAGCAAGGUUACAUAUAGGAAAAGGUGUUCAGCUAGUAUGUCAUGGUGAAGGAGAUGUCUGGGUGAAAUGUCUGAGCGAUCAUGCUGUUUUUGUUCAAAGUUAUUAUUUGGACAGAGAAGCUGGGAGAGCACCUGGAGAUGCCGUUCAUAAGAUUUAUCCGAAUGCCUAUAUUAAAGUGUUUGAUCUACGACAAUGUUAUAGACAGAUGCAACAACAGGCACGUACCGCACAAGAAGCAGCAAAAGUACAGGCGGCAGCAGUGUCAGGGAAUAUACCUGGUUCUGCUUCAGUUGGUGGUAUUGCACAAGCAGUCGGUACACCUGGUUUAUCAGCAGCUGCAGGAAUUGGAGUAGAUGAUCUUAGAAGACUUUGCAUAUUAAGAAUGAGUUUUGUUAAAGGUUGGGGGCCUGAUUAUCCACGACAAAAUAUCAAACAGACACCUUGUUGGAUCGAAAUUCAACUUCAUAGAGCACUACAACUUCUAGAUGAAGUUCUCCAUACCAUGCCAAUUGCCGAACCGCAUCCACAUGAUUGAAAGUAAUGAUGAAAGUCAUGAUUCAAAAUAAAAAGGCUCAGAUUCAGCUGCAAUCUGUCCAAUGCUUUCAACUGCGAUAUCCGAUUGAAGUAUGAAUACCAUGCAGGACCUACCAAUCAAAUAAAUUAUAUCAACAGAAUAUACUUUAAGAAUUCCAUAGUUUCAACUGUACAUAUAUGUGUGUGCUUUGUGAAGCAUGUCAAUGAUACCCAAGUUUCAUUCUGUUCCUGUCGACAGUUUUUUGGUCAAUGACAACAUCAUAGCACCUGUAUUACCAUUGCUGGACCAUUUCUGAUAAAUAAAUUAGACUUUUCUUUUCUUACUUUACCAGUGUAAUUCAUUCUUGACUGGCUAUCAAAUAGUUACUAGCGGUUUGAAAUCAUUGUGCAACAUAUUUUGUAUCUUCACUGAUCAAUCUAGUACAGUUUAGCUAUUUUGUCAAUUCCAGUUCUGAUGUUAUUUUCCCUGCAUAGGCCCAGUGAUUCUUGGCUUUAUGAUAUUUGCUAUUCUUAAACUUAAAUAUAUAUUCUGUGACUGGAAAUGCUUGUGAUUUUGUUCAUACUUGUUUUUCAUGUUCAUUUGCCACCUUAUAGUAAUACUGAACAUUUUUGCCAACUGAGUUUUCCAUAAGUUUUUGAGUUUUUAUUUCUUCAUUAUGUUGCACUAUAUCUUAUUACCUAACCCUAUCAGAGGUUGUCCUAUGCUCAAGCAUUGUGCUGGAUAUAAUGUCUUGAAAAAUCCAAUCAACAUAAAUUUUAAAAACUGAUGACAACAGAGGAUUACUAAUAUUGGGACUAAGCAAUAUAAAAUUUGUAAUGAUUGUGUAAAAAAGCGCUUGUUAAAUAUAGUCGGUCACAUGAUAUUUUAUAUGUUCCUUUAUUCAUUUCAUCCUCAGUUGAAGGUAAAUGCUUGACUGCCUUACGCAUCUUGGCCAACUUCUGAUGGGGCCUGUACUUAUUUUCAGCAUUAUGGUAUUAUUCACAUUUGUUGUCAUUCUCUUAUUAUUUUUUGGAUGGUUAAUAAGUAAUUGAUCAUUGCAAAAUAAAUCAUGGCUGUUGUAAACAGGUGGUCUA